CAGCUUUUGUUUAGUUUUUUUGGCAAACAUUGCUACGCCUCAAAUUUUAUAUAUCGCCAUUCGUAUCCCUCAAUAUUUUAUUCAAAGCUUCUUUAUUUUUAUAACAUUCUAGCAGAGGUAGCAAAAAUGUCCGAUGAGCUGGUAACGCCGCAAUCUAGGUGACAAGAUCAACUGUCAAAACGUAUGUCUAUCCCGGGGUAGCGACGGAGUCAUUUAGUACGUCAAAGCGGCAGUUUUCCAAUCUUCAUUUGCGGUGUCUAACGAUUUCGAUUCGAGAAAAAGUACGCUACGGAUAAUCUUCGAGAAUCUAGUAGAUAGUAGAAUAUAUUUCAAUAGUUGUCUUUCGUGGCCAUGUUAUCUUUACUCGGGCAUUUGCACAUAAUAAUGCAAUAGCAGUAAGCUCAAAGCUGUAGGGUCUAUAAAACUUAUACCGACACGCAAUCUCUUGGAUAAUUAUUCAUAUUUCAUCAAAAUGAAUGGAACAUCUCCAAGUGUAUCCUUUGAAGACUUUGAAAACAUCUGUAGGGCUUGUUUGAAACAGGGCAUCUUAAAACCUUACAAAAGUACGGACCACGUAAUGUUAUACCAACGUUUAAUUGAUUCAAAGGAAUCACAAGAUAAGUUACAUUUUAUUUUAUGUGAAUAUUGUUGGAAUAAGCUGGAAGAUAUAUUUGUCUUUGCAACAGCCUGCAUGAAAAGUGAAAAAUAUCUGAGAAGCAUUUGGUUGGAAAGACAGGAGCCACAGAAUCAGAAUUCCUUAAGACAGAUAGUGAAAGAGGAAGGAUCACCCUUGCCUUCUCCUACGUAUAGCGAUGAUGGUGAUGAAUCUCUUGAGGAAUCUUCCCCUAAAAGUAGCUGCUCUAGUACCCCAAAAAAAAUAUACCAUUCCAGAAAGGCUCAACCCUCCAGUUGUGAAGCCUGCCAAGCCAGCUUCAAAACAAAAAAGUUGCUAUUAAAUCAUCAACUAAAAAGCCUGAAUUGCAAAAUAAAAAAUCACAAAUGCACAAUAUGCAGCAAAGCCUUUUUUACGAAAUUUAGACUUAUGACUCAUGCAAAAAUGCAUACAUCUGAUACACCAUUUGAGUGCAAAGAUUGCUUUAAGUUAUUUAAGUAUCAGUCUAGUUUAAAAAGGCACGUGGGGAGUGUGCACAAAGGGUUGAAGCCGUUCAAGUGUGAAAUUUGUGGAAAAGAUUUUUACACUCAAAAUGUGAAAGAUGACCAUGAAAGUAUCCAAAGAGGUGUGCGUCAAUAUGAUUGCUAUAUCUGCAACAGCAAAUUCUCAUCAUACUCCGAGCAUUUUUGCCAUGAAGCUAUGCAUAAAGUACAGAGUGAUAAAACAUCAACUAAGCAUUUCAAACUGAUUGGAACACAAACACUGGCAGUCAAAAAGAAAAUUCGUGUGCAGAACUUGUGGCAAAUCCUUCAAUAAAAAAGCCCAGCUUAAAGAGCAUGUGAGAAUACACCAAGGUUUGAAACCCCUUGAGUGCAAAACAUGCAAAAAGUCGUUCAGACAUCUCAGCACUUUGAAAAUUCAUGCAAAGAUAAGCAGUGGCCUGAAGCCACAUAAGUGUAACGUUUGCUCUAAAAGCUUUGUGCAGAGUGAGCAUUUGAAACAACAUAUGAGGAUUCACUCUGGAGAGAAACCUUACAAAUGUUCAUUUUGUGAAAAAACGUUUACUAUGAAAUGUAAUUAUGAGGUUACAUACAGGAGAAACGCCCUAUAAAUGUGUCGUGUGUGGAAAAGGAUUUUAUAAUUCUAGCGGCUUGAAAAGGCAUCAAAACACUCACAAGAAGACAGGAUUGAUAUCAAAAUGAAUUUAGAGAAGCUAAGAAUUGUCUUUCGACACUUUCAAUUGAUUCUGGAUUACGGUAAUAGAUGGCAAUUACAAGUACUGUUACAAAUGGAAAAGUCUGGUCAAUUGCCAUUUAUACUCAACCAUGUCUUCUUGUUUGUUUAAAAUUUAUAGAGCAUUAAUACUACAAUUUAUAAUUAUUCGUUCACAAGUUUUUUAAGUCAAUUUUCUGUACUUUUAUAUUGAUAAAGUGAUUUUUUAAUUGCACCUUAAAUUUUAAAUUCAAAUACGCCCUUUGAAAUACAGAUAUGUUAUGUUUCUAUUACAAUCGUGCAG